AUGUUGCUCGAAAUAUCUCUGAAAUACAUAAAAUCUAAUAGGAAAAAGAUAAAAAAUAUCAUUAAAAUGAAAAAAUAAUUGUGGAAUCCUUACACUAAUGAUAUAAAUAUAGGAGUGCAUUUGAUAAAAUCAGAAUUCUUAAGGGAAGGGAAAUCUCGUUAUUUAGUUGGAACAGACAAUCUGCUCAUAAUAUUUGAGGUUUUUUGUGAGAGAUUAACAAAAAGGACCCUCAUUAUAAACAGCCAUUGGAAUAUACGACAAUUAAUUUUGAUCUAAAAUUUGAGAUAGUUCGAACAGCACCUAAAAUGAAGCCAGGAUUUCCAUUAGUUAAAUUGCCUAAUGCCAAAAGUGAGGAUUAAGUACAAAUUGAAAAUGUAGAGAAAUUGGGGGAUCCAAUAAAAUUAAGGUUGUUUAAGGAUGAAUAAGACAAAUAUGAAUUAAUAGCUCAUCAAUUGAUAAUUACAUAAUGGAGAUGGUUUUUAGGGAAGCGUAUUAAUUAAUAUGGAUUCCAUCACUUAUUUAAAGUGUUCAAGAAAAUUGGAAAAGGAAAUUUUGCAUCAGUUUACUUAGCAGAGCGAGUAGAAGAUGGUUAAUAAAUGGCAAUAAAAGCAUUUUCAAAGAGUAUAGCAUAUGCAGAGGAGAAUGGCAAAGAAGGAUUAAUUAAUGAGAUCAAAUUAAUGAGAUAAGUGGAUCAUCCCAAUAUUAUAAAAUUAUAUGAAGUGAAUGAAACUGCAAAUUCUCUAUAUAUUUGUUUAGAAUUAUUGGAAGGAGGAUAAUUAUAUGAAUAGUUGAAAAAGAAAGUAAUAUUUACAAAUAAGGAAAUACAAACUAUUAUAAAAGGAUUGUUAGAGGGUUAAUCGUUCAAAUUUAUAAUUAGGUCUUAAGCAUAUCCAUUCAAAAGAUAUAAUGCAUAGAGAUAUCAAACUAGAAAACAUUCUAUUUAAGAAACAAAAUGCCAUUGAUACAGUUUGUCUUGCUGAUUUUGGUCUAGCCACAUAUGUUCAUGAAAAGAUCUAUUUAUACAGUCGUUGUGGAACUCCAGGGUAUCAUAUUAAUAAUACACUUAAAGAUUUGUGGCUCCUGAAGUAUUAAAUAUCAAAGAUUUAUCAACAAAAUAUGAUAAAGUUUGUGAUAUCUAUUCUUUAGGAUUGGUAUUUCAUCUCCUUUUAACUGGUAAAUCUGUAUUUCCUGGACGUAGUUAUACAACAAUUGUUAAUUUAAAUAAGGAGGCUAAAAUUUAAUGGAAUUCAUCAAUUUUUGAAUUGAUUCCUAAACCUGCUUUUGAUUUAUUAAGAAGAAUGUUAGAGACAGAUCCUAAAUAACGUAUAAGUGCUUAGGAAGCUUUGAAACAUGAAUAUUUCAAUGCAUUUAAUGUUUCAAAUUUAGGAUAAUUUGAUGAUGAGAAUAUGGAUAUAGAUGAUAGUUGUAAAUUGGAUUAACAAUUAUAAAAGAUCAAUGAUCUACAUCAUAAUAUUGAUAUGAUGCGUAUUAAUUAAUUAACUACAUCACCUAUUAAAUCACCUAAUAUAAGAGCCACAUUGACUUCAUCUAUGAAAGAAUAAAUGAAAGAAAGAAUUCAAUUGCAAGAGUAAAUCAUAAUGAAGACACCAAUUAUUACUGGGAGAGUUUAUAGUAUAGAUGGUAAUAGAUUAAGUUAUUAAAAUAGAUUCCCCAUUAUAAUAGAAAGAAUUCUAGAGAAAUAUUAAAUAGGAAUCAUUAAACUUUUUAUAAUCUUACAGUAAAUAGCAAUAACAAUAAUAAGAAGAUUAUUAAUAAGAGGAGUUUAGAAUAAAUGGUAUAGGAUAAAUUAAGUCAAAUUUAAGUAAAAAUUUGUGA